AUGAAAUCCAUGCUGAGCGUCUGGUGGGGAGUUCAUGGAAUCUACCGUUUUGAACUGCUGCCGGACAACACGACAGUUACUGCCAAGGUCUAUUGCGCUCAACUGCAAAGAGUGGCCGACAAGAUCCGCAAGGAGCACCCGAACCUCGACAACGUUUGCCUGCUGCACGAUAACGCGCGCCCUCACAUCGCGAAGAAGACUUUCCAGAAAAUUCUAGAGCUUGGAUGGGAAGUUCUACCGCACCCACCGUACAGCUCGGACCGGGCCCCAAACGACUACCACCUCUUCCGUUCGCUUCAGCAUUACUUGGAAAAGAAGCGCUACGAUGGUCGUGACAACUUCGAAAAUGACCUUCGGGCUUUCGCCUCCAAGUCGCCGAGGUCUACGCCAAAGAAAUCCGUGAUCUCGUGA